AUGUCAUACCGGACUGUCGACUUCCGUGUCAAGGGCAAGGUGCAGGGGGUGUUCUUCCGCGUCUUUGCCAAGAACGCUGCCCAAGAAUUAGGAGUGGUAGGUUGGGUGAAAAACGAUCCUGGAGGAGAUGUGCUCGGCACCGCCCAGGGUCUCGAAGAGUCCUUGAACAAAUUCAAAGAAGCCCUGAAAAAGGGACCUGAGCAUGCAAACGUGACGGGAGUCGAGUUUACCAACGAGGCGCCACUGGAAAGGCUGCAGUUCCAAGGCUUUGAGAAAAUUCGCAACCAGAGGCCAACGUAG